CUUAACUUCUCAACAGCCAAAUCCUUUGCUGCAAAGCUUGCUUCAAAUCUUAACUCAAGUCCAAAUCCUUUGAAAAGAAUCGAAACAUGGCUUUGGUUGGAGAGGCUAUUCUCUCUGCCUCCGUGCAGGUGCUGUUUGACAAGAUUGGUUCCAGCGAGUUCGUGGACUUGUUCCGGAGAAAGAAACUGGACGAGUCGCUUGUGAAGAAACUGGAGAUAACGUUGUUGAGCCUUAAUGCGGUGCUUAAUGACGCGGAGGAGAAGCAAUUCCUGAACAGCUACGUGAAAAAGUGGCUUGAUGAGCUUCAAGAUGCUGUCUUUGAUGCGGAUGACCUUCUCGAUGAGAUCAAUGCUGAAGUUUUGCGAUGCAAGGUGGAAGCAGAAUCUCAAACCGUCACAAAUAAGGUGUGGAACUUCCUUCCUACUUAUCUUAAUCAAAAUUAUCAAGGCAUGAAUGGUAGGAUACAUAAGUUGCUUGAAAGGUUAGAGCACCUUGCAAAGCAAAAGGAUUUCCUUGGGUUGAGAGAAGGUGUUGUUGGGAUGAAGAUUUCACAAAGAACUCCGACAACUUCCUUGGUGGAUGAAUCUUGUGUGUACGGUAGGGAUGGAGAUAAAGAAAAGCUGAUGAAACUGUUGUUAUCUGAUGAUGCAAGCAACAAGGAUGUAUCUGUCGUCACCAUAGUGGGAAUGGGCGGGGUUGGCAAGACAACCCUCGCUCAGCUCCUUUAUAAUGAUGACAAAGUGAAAGAGCAUUUUAAUCUUAGAACCUGGGCUUAUGUUUCGGAAGCUUUUGAUGUUACUAGGGUAACUAAGACCCUACUUGAGUCAGUCAGUUCAGAAGCUUACGAUAAUAAAGACCUGAGUUUUCUUCAAGUUGAGCUAGGACAACAAAUAAAGGGCAAGAAAUUUUUGUUUGUGUUGGAUGAUCUUUGGAAUGAGAAAUAUCAGGAUUUGAGUCUCUUGCAACGUCCUUUUGCAUCCGGGGCAAGGGGAAGUUGGGUCAUCGUGACAACACGUAACGAAAGUGUUGCAGGUCGCAUGCACCCCGUUCCGAUUCACUUUUUGGAACAGCUGUCCGAUGAGGAUUGCUGGUUGUUACUUUCAAAACACGCCUUUGAAAAUGGAAACUUGAGUGCACAUCCACACCUGCAAGAAGUUGGUAAGAAAAUUGCCCUGAAGUGCAAUGGUUUACCUUUAGCUGCAGAAACACUUGGAGGCCUCUUGCGUUUCAACACAAAUUAUGAGGAAUGGAAUAACAUACUAAAUAGCAAUGUUUGGGAGUUGCCUCCUGAAAUAUGUAAUACAAUUCCAGCUCUAAGAUUGAGUUACCAUUAUCUCCCAACUCAUUUAAAACGAUGUUUUGCUUAUUGCUCAAUUUUUCCGAAGGGCUAUGAAUUCCAAAAGGAAGAUAUAGUUCUACUGUGGGUGGCAGAAAGUUUAAUUCCACAAGCUGAGAGUGAGAAAAGAAUGGAAGAGCUCACUAAGAAAUACUUUGAUGACUUAUUGUCACGAUCAUUUUUUCAAAGAUCAAGAAAUGAGAAGUUCACAAUGCAUGAUCUCAUCAAUGACUUAGCUAUGUCUGUGUCAAGGGAAUCCUGUUUGAGAUGGAAAGGGGGCGAAUCACAUGAAGUUUUGAAAAGAGUUCGGCAUUUGUCGUAUGCUAGAGGGCAAGUUGAUUGUGCUGCGAAAUUUGAGCCAUUAUAUGAGGUUAAGCAUUUGCGAACCUUCCUACCUCUAAGAAGAUGGAUUCAGCAUUAUGUAAGUAAAAAGGUUUUACAUGAGUUAAUGCCAUCUCUAUUAUGUUUACGGGUGCUAAAAUUGUCAAAAUAUGAUAAUAUUGUUGAGUUACCGAAUUCUAUUGGUAACCUCAUUCAUUUGCGCUACUUGGAUCUCUCUAAUACUGGAAUCAAAAGGUUGCCUGCCACAGUUUGCACUCUCUAUAGUCUACAAACAUUACUAUUGGCAGGUUGUCGGUCUCUUUUUGAAUUGCCUACAUACAUGAGGAAAUUGAUUAACUUGAGGCAUCUUGAUUGUAGUGGAACACAAAUUAAAGAAAUGCCGGUGCAAAUGGGUAGACUAAAAAGUUUGAGAACAUUGACUACUUUUUGUGUGGGGAAAUCUAAUGGGUCGACUAUUGGAGAAUUGAGGGAGUUGUCUCAUCUUGAAGGAAAACUUUCUAUUUUGAAGCUUAAUAAUGUAGUUGAUGGUAGGGAUGCCUUGCAAGCUAAUUUGAAGAACAAGAAAGAUCUCAAGGAGUUAGAGUUGGCAUGGGACUCCGAAGAUGCCGAUCAUUCCGAAAAGGUGAGAGAUGUACUUGACAAGCUCCAACCUUGCAUGAAUUUGGAGAAAUUGACCGUCAAACUUUAUGGCGGGACCAGCUUUCCAAACUGGUUGGGAGACUCUACCUUCAAUAAAAUGAAAGUUAUGCGCCUCGAAGGCUGUCAUUAUUGCUUCGAGUUGCCACCGCUUGGACAGCUACCUGCUCUUAAGGAGCUCUUCAUAUGUAAGAUGAAAUUUCUUAGGACGUUAGGUCCUGAGUUGUAUGGUCAGCCAUUUCAGCCAUUUCAAUCGUUGGAGAGGCUGGAGUUUAAGGAGAUGGCAGAGUGGGAGGAAUGGGUACCAAGUGGGAGUAGAGAUCCAGAUUUUCCUCAUCUCCAGGAGCUAAUUCUAGGAAUGUGUCCGAAGCUGAGAGGAAGCUUGCCUUGUGAUCUGCCUUGCUUGAAGAAGCUUAGCGUGGAAGGGUGUGGAGUUUUACAUGAUCAAAGGGUGUGGAGUUUUACUAGUACUAGUACCAAUCUCAACUACAAUUCUCUUCAAGAAUUGAAAAUAGUAGAUGGAUGCCAAACAGGUCUGUUAUCAUUACUAGAGACAAAACUCCUGUCCCGACUUAGGAUUAUAAAUUUUAAUGACAUACAAUGCUUGCCCAACAUCAAUCGUCUUCAAAGUUUGACUCUCUUGAAUUGUCCAACCCUGUCGUCGUUCCCUGAAGAUGGCCUACCCACUUCGUUGACUUCGCUAAAUAUAUUCAGUUGUAGGAGAUUAGAAUUCCUACCUCAUGAGAUGUUGGCCAAAUUAACAUCGCUCGACUAUUUGAGUAUAAAUGAUAGCUGUGAUUCAAUGAGGUCCUUCCCCUUGGGCAUUUUUCCCAAAUUGACGACACUUAUUAUUGGCAAUUGUGAGAAUCUGGAAUCGCUUUCGCUUGGCUUGAUUGAAGAAGAAGGAGCGGUUGAGAAUCCAAGUCAUCUCAAUCAAUUGAAUAUCUUCGGGUGUCCAAAUCUGGUGUGUUUUCCGCAGGGAGGAUUGCCCACUCCCAACUUGACUGAAUUGGACUUCGACAGUUGCGAGAAGUUGAAGUCAUUACCUGAACGCAUUCACACCCUCACAGCCCUUGGAUAUUUGGAUAUAAGGAAUCUUCCAAAUCUGGAGUCAAUUGCAGAAGAUGGGGGUUUGCCUCCCAACCUCCGAGAUUUUAACAUUUAUAAUUGUGAGAGACUGAGGGCGUCAUCUUCAUCAGUGGGAGACUACCGUAACUGGGGUUUGCAAGCACUUGUCUCCCUUGAACGAUUUGAAAUUGUCGGCAGAGGAAGUGAUGAAAUCUUGGAGACGUUGCUCAAGCAACAGCUGCUCCCUACCACUCUUCACGCUCUCUGGAUCGAGGGAAUUCCAACUCUGAAGUCUUUGGAUGGAAAGGGACUUGCACACCUUACUGUUCUUCGAAGUCUAUUUAUUUAUAGUUGUAAGAGUCUGGAAUUCCUUCCAGGAGAGGCACUUCAACACCUCACUUCUCUUCAAGAGCUAUAUAUUUCUGACUGUCCGAGUCUCCAAUUCCUGCCAGAAGAGGCACUUCAACACCUCACUUCUCUUCAAGAGCUAUAUAUUUAUGACUGUCCGAGUCUCCAAUUCCUGCCAGAAGAGGCACUUCAACACCUCACUUCUCUUCAAACUCUAGCUAUUGGUGGGUGUGACAGUAUUCAAUUCCUGCCAGAAGAGGGUCUGCCGCCAUCUCUUUCUUAUCUAUGCAUCUCCAAUUGCUCUACCCUGAAGAAAAGGUAUGAGAAUAAGACGGGACAAGAUUGGGCCAAGAUUUCUCACAUUCCUUGCAUCACGAUAGACGAAGAAGUGAUCAUAUGAUUUGAGCUCUCUCUCUCUCACAUAGAGACAAACAAACUCAGGUCAGGUACAAUGGCACAAAACUUGAACUGAAAAAGUCUCAUCUUCUGUAUACUCUUGUAGUUCUGAUCACAAAAGUUGCUUGACAAAUCGAAAGUCGCAAUUAGAUCUUUUUGUGGAAGAUCUGGAGCUACAAAGUUCUAUUUGAUGAGACUUGAAAUGUUGGAUGCGUACCUGCUGACUUGAGAAACUUUCCCAUGUUUGGAGGUCAAAGCAACUUGUGUAGGCAACCAUGCCCGAGGAGGGUUUUAUCAUUGUAUAUGGAUUUUUGUUUUUCUACAAACAAAUUGCGGCAAAGAAGGGGAAGGAAAUGUUCUCAAGGUGGAGCUCUAGCAAGAGACCAGCAUUUGGACAAUGCGGUAAAUGGAUCUCAAUCUAACAUAACAAGCAUCACUGUCCAUUCUUGAUUAGAGUGGGAGGAAUGAAGACCAGAAGGCCGGUGUCCAGAUUUUCCUCAUCUCAAGGACCUGACUUUAGACAAGAGUCUGAAGCUAAGAGGAAGCUUGCCUUCUCAUCUUACUUGCUUGAAAGACUUAGCUUGUCGUUCGGGUGUGGGGUUCUACAUGAUGAAAGGGCCAGUACUACUCGUAACAUGGAAUAAUGUCUUGAAGAAUUAGAAAUAUAUGAUGGAUGCCCGGGUCUUUUCUCGUUACUAGAGACAAAGUUCCUGUUCGUCCUCCUAUUUGAUACAAUGCCAUUUCCAAUUCAAAAACUUUUCAGGAGUAUCUUGUUGAGCUGUGAUAUGCAUGAAAAUGGAAAGCAAUCGAGUUGAAAUCCUCACUGGCUUUUCAAAAUCUGAUGAGGAACAAAAGUAUGAGAAAACACAUGAAGACUCUCUGCGUAAGAUUCCCAAUGGGAAAUACCCCAACUUGACCCAAUUUGGCAUGGAUUGUAUAUUUUGAGAUUUCAAGAAAACUAAAGCGCAUUGCAUGCUCUUUUAUGGUGGAAUGACCUUAUCAUCUUCCAACAAACUCAAGAAAUGCAUGCUCUGAUGUGUUGAAGUUGAAGAUUUCGAGAAAGAAUGAAAGCUGUAGCAGAAAACAUAGGGCUGAGAUCUCUCCAAGGUGAUUGUGGGGAGGUUUGCCAAUUGACCUUAGUGAAAUCAAAAAAGGAAAACUCUUUGAUCAGAGCUAUCUUGUCCUGCAGAUAGUUCAUUUGUGUUUGGAGGGGCGACCUUCAUCUGAUCUGACCACAUGGAAAAGCUCUCUUUGUGUUGAUGAAGAAUUCUUCAUCUCAAACAAGAUAAACUGAUGUUAAACACUGGGGGGUACGUCUUCGUUUGGUUUUCUUGCAAGAAAAUCAAUGUUAAACUGAUGAUAAACUGAUGUUAAAGCUUGUAUUGUUGAAGUUCAAUUUCCUCUUGUCCCGCAUUGAAAGAUUAUAGAUUUGUCUAUGAAUUCUUCAAGGACAGCCAGUUUGAUACUGAUUGUUGUUUCCAACAAAAGCUUUGUCUCUACACAUUGUAGCUUAUUCGUCGAAUGUUACAUAUAUUCAAUGUUUCCA